UUCUAUGCUCACUUUGAAGUUGACGAAGGGGAAGUUCGCAGAAGGCGAACAAAACUAGUUGUAAAAAUGUCUGCGGAUCCAAAACUUUAUGAAUAUGUCAAUUGUCCCAACUCUAGCUCGCAUUUGGUAAUGCUGUUUAAAAUGCCCUACCAUUUGCCGCUUUGUGCCAAGAAAUUUCCAUCGGACGAAUUAGCUCGCUGUCCAUAUAACAGAACCCAUAUGUACCCUAUUGCCGAUAUAUAUGAACAUAUCAUCAAGUGCCCGAGCUACUUACGCGAGGAGAGCCACAGCGACGCAAAAGAAGAUGCCAAGGACUGUGAUGCCAAGGAAAGUGAUGCCAAGGACUGGGAUGCCGACCCGCCGGUUUCGACAUAUGAUCCGAAUAUCCACUGUGAGAAGAACCCUAUCAUUCGUCGUCUGCACGGAGCUACGCGCUCCUCUCGCCGGGCAUUCCGCGAAAAGGAACGCAAGCGAUUAAUGGAUUUGAAUACUUUUCCUUAAUCUAUGAACAUACUUACUUACUUACAUACAUCAUAUGAAUACAUACAUAUACAUAUACAACAUACAUACAAAUAAACAUAUUUCAUACAUUUCG